GCUUCAUAUCUCGUCAGUACCGUAAUUUGAUCGAACGCUUAAAUUAUUUGUUCUACCACAUAGCUGGGUUGCUUUGCAAAGCAGCGACUUAGUCAACGUCCGACCUUAGCCGGCCGGUCAUCCACAAUUCAUACAUUUUCAUGGGAAUAAUAAUUUUUUUAUCAUGUUCUUCACAACCAAAUUCGAAAUAUUUGGAGAAUUUUGGGCCAUGGGCUCUGCUCUGUUACUUAUCUUUUUCUACAUUCAGCACAACGCAGGCAGUUGUCUUACACCGGAGGAUGUGGAUUUCCGCAUCAAUGUACAUCAUGGUAUCCCGUCGACAGCAUCCAUUCUCGCUUUUGAUCCUAUUCAGAAUUUAUUGGCGGUUGGGACAUUGGAUGGUAGGAUAAAAUUGAUUGGUGGUGAUAAUAUAGAAGGCCUCUUGAUUUCUCCUGAGCAACAUGCAUACAAAUAUUUGGAGUUUAUUCACAAUGAAGGUUCUUUGAUCAGCAUAACUAUUGAUAACAGUAUUCAGGUAUGGAAUCUGAAAAGUAGGUGUCUAGCAUGCAGUUUAUGCUGGGAAUCAAAUAUAACUGCUUUCUCAAUAAUCAGCAGCUCCAAUCUUAUGUAUGUUGGAGAUGAAUAUGGAGUAAUCUCUGUUGUGAAGUAUGACGCAGAAAACGCUGAGCUUUUGCACUUGCCAUAUCAUAUACCUUCAGAGGCAGUUGGAUUUUCAGUUCCUUUUCAUCAACCUGUAGUUGGAGUUCUUCCCCAACCUUGUUCUUCUGGAACUAGAGUAUUAAUUGCCUAUCAGACUGGAUUAAUUAUUCUUUGGGAUGUUCUUGAAGCUCAGAUUGUCAUUGUUAGAGGUAAUAAGGUUCUGUGGUUGAAGAAUGAAGUUUACAAUCCAAGUAAUGGAGAUUUGGGCCUUCCACAUGAUGCAUCUCAUGAAUUAGAGGAGAAAGAGAUAACUGCUCUUUGUUGGGCAUCCUGUGACGGAUCCAUUCUUGCUGUUGGAUAUAUAGAUGGAGAUAUCUUGUUUUGGAAAACGUCGACUUCUGUCCCUGGUAAAGGCCAACAAUCUGGAUUAUCAGAGCAGGUGGUUAAGCUGCAAUUAUCAUCUGCUGAAAAUAGGCUUCCAGUGAUAGUGUUGCACUGGUGGGCAAAUUACAAGUCUCACCGAGACAGUGAUGGUCAACUACUUAUUUAUGGCGGUGACGAGAUAGGAUCUGAGGAGGUUCUGACGGUUCUCAGUGUUGAGUGGUCAUCUGGAAUGGGGACUAUCCAAUGUCUUAGUCGUGUGGACCUCUCUCUUUCUGGUCCCUUUGCUGAUGUAGUAAUAACCGCUGGGACCUUGAGGAGUGCAAAAACUGCUUCUCUAUUUGUAUUGACAAACCCUGGGCACCUACAAAUAUUUGAAGUUGCUGACUCAUCUGCCUCAGAGUCACAGCAGGAAAAGAAAUUAUCUGUUUCUGCUGUAGAUAUCCCUCCAGUAGUACCGACAAUAAAUCCUCUCAUAACUGUGGCUAAUCUCUUCUGUUUACCCAUAGAUGAAGACUCAUCGAAGGCUCUCGCUGAGAUAUUCAGAAUUAGGAAAUCUAGUUCAACAAAGAAGUUGUCUGGAGGCACAAGCUUCCCUUUGACUGGAGGCGUAUGCACUCAUUUAUCAUCUGACAAAGAUUACCGGAUUUGGAGAGUAUAUGUAGCUGGUUAUCACGAUGGAUCUGUUCGUAUAUGGGAUGCCACUUAUCCAGUUCUGUCAUCCUUAUGUGUAUUGCAAAAUGAGAUUAGGGGCACAAAUGCAGCUAUUUCAAUUGCUUCAGUAUCAAAAUUGGAGUUUUGCAUCCAUACUCUUAGAUUAGCUGUUGGUGAUGAAUGUGGUCUGGUCCGGAUAUACGAUUUGCAUAGCAGCAAAGAAACACACUUCCAUUUUGUUACAGAGACUAAAAAUGAAGUUGAACAGUUGGCUCAGGAAGAAGGACCCAUUUGCAGAGCUGCAUUUAAUAUUAUUGAUUCCCAAGUUCAAGCAUUAAAAUUUACAAACUCGGGGGCCAAACUUGCAGCCGGAUAUGAAUGUGGUCGUAUUGCAGUGCUUGAUAUGAAUUCCUUCUCAACCUUGUUUUUAGCUGACACAGUAUCCUGCCCAAUCUCCAUGAUGUCAGUAAUUUGCGACAUAGUCAUACACCAAGUUGGUAGUUCAUAUCGAUCUGGGUCAAAUGCAAAUGAUCAAACAAAGAAUCUAAUGGUAAUUUUAACGAAGGAUGGAGCAGUUUAUACAAUUGAUGCUGAUAAUGGCCACUUAAUCAGCUCUCGACCAAUGCGCUUGAGCAAAGAUAGAACUGCAGUUUCCAUGCAUGUUAUAGAAAGCUGUAGCAGAGAGUCCAGUACAUCAUUUGGAAUGAAGAAGGAACAUGCUUGCAAGGAUGAAAUGGUCACUAAUGAACCUACUCAGGACAUCAGUACGAAUAGAAAUGACAAAUCUGAGACUGAAAAUCAGUCUUCAGAUAAUAAGUCCUCCCAGCAUUUAGAGGAUUUGCUGGUUUUGCUUUGUUGCAAGGAUAUGUUGCAUUUAUGUACUGCAAAGCAUAUUGUUCGGGGAGACAAAAAACCCAUUUACAAAGUCAAGCUGACAAAGCCUUGUUGUUGGACAACGAUUUUUGUGAAAGAUGAUAGAGUUUGUGGACUGAUUCUGCUCUAUCAAACAGGAGAAAUUGAGAUCAGAUCUAUACCCAAUUUAGAACUAGUAAAAGAGACCUCUUUGGCCUCACUUUUGAGGUGGAAUUUCAAGGCAAAUAUGGAGAAGACAAUGAGUUCCACAGAAACUGGGCAUCUUACACUGGUAAAUGGGUCUGAGCUGGUGUUCCUUUCCAUAUUGCUGAGUGAAAAUGAUUACAGGAUUCCAGAUUCUUUGCCUUCUCUCCAUGAUGAAGUGCUUGCAGCUGCAACCAGGGCUGCUAUUACGUAUUCUUUGAAGCAUAAGAAAAAACCAGGUGGUGGCCCCAGAAUUCUCAGUGGUAUUGUCAAAGGUUUUAAGAGAGAAAAACUAAACCAAGCAAUGGAACUUGCUUGUAUUACUGAACCUUGUUCAAGUCAUUUAGAAGACGUCUUUGUGAGGAAUCUAACCCCCGAUCCAUCAGCAAUGUCUAAAGAUUAUCAGGAUGCUGCUGAACUUAAUAUAGAUGACAUAGAAAUUGAUGAACCUGUGCAUCUGGCACCUACUUCAUCUCAUGAAGUGCAAUAUGAUAAUAGAGAAGGUAGAAAGGAUCGAGAGAAGUUGUUUAAUGAGGACAGCAGUGACAUGAAACCGAGACUUAGAACUCGAGAAGAAAUUUUAGCAACAUACAGAAAAGCUGGGGAUGCUUCAUCAGUGGCUGGACAAGCAAGAAACAAACUUUUGGAACGCCAGGAAAAACUUCAGAGGAUCAGUAAACAAACAGAGGAUCUGCGAAAUGGAGCUGAAGACUUUGCAUCUUUAGCUAAUGAGCUUGUAAAAGUAAUGGAAAACAGGAAAUGGUGGCAGAUAUGACACUUUUGUAAAUUAAGUCAACUUGUGGUUUCAAGCAAUAAUUUGUUCAUCUGCUGGCUGGGAGAAGAUUUAAUGUGGAAGUAUGGAUGUGUGUGCACUCUUUCCUCGUGUCAACCAGCUAUAUCAAAGGCGUCGGCCUAAAUCUUGGUUUCGCAGUAGCUCGAUGAACCAAUGUUUGAUUCCGUGCAUGGGAUGGAUGGAUGUGGAGACAUCCUCCUAUUAAAAGUUACUAUCUUAUUUCUAAACUUGGAGUGUCUGUUUGUAGGAUUGAGUUGUAUAUGGCCUAAUUCAAAGUAUUGUAAAAUUUCUCUGGUGAUGAUGAGUCCUGUACUAGUGAAAUGUCGGGAAACUGCUUGGAGUUCAGAGGAACCCGCUGACUUCAAUUCAGACUUGUCUUGGGAUUAUGAGGGAAAAAUGCAACACGGAAACUGGUGGUCAUCUGGCUAUAGUGGUCUUCACUAUUUUUAGGGAUGUGAUUUUGCUCCUUAAUUGUCAUCACCUGGAAGACAAUUGCGUGUCA